GAUGACCGAUAAUACGUCUCUAUUCCCGCGGCAGCUCACGUCCUUCGCACGCGUCUCAGUAGUUCAGCAGCCCACUGAAAUAGACGUGGGGUGUCGUAAGAACUUUGUUGCAUUUCAUUUCUGCUGAGAGGUAAAAGAACAGCGCCAUGUCCGACAAGGAGCAGCGAAAGCUUCAGCGAAAAGCGCAAAAAAAGCUGCUACAAGAGCAACAGAACGGGACAGCGCCAAUUCUUCCUUCCGAAGUCAGCUCAACGCCGUCGCAAGACGUUAUAUCAGAGCAGGCGAACUUAGAGAAGAAGCGGAAGCUCGAUUCUUCGAUCUCACCGGCCCCAGGAGUUCAUGACAAUGACGACGGCGCAGAGUCGAAAGAAGCGUCAAGGGCGGCCAAGAAGGCUCGAAAAGCGGCCAAGAAAGCCAAGCGUGAAGUGGAGAAGACAGUGCUGCCCGAGACACCAAGUAACCUCGAUAGUCGAUCUUUGAAGUCUUCUGCCAAAGACGGCGAGCUUACGGCUGCGAAGUAUCUCGCAGACAAAUCGAUCACACUCGAAAAUGCGGACGAUGGUAGCGCAAUUCAGGCAUCCGCUGUCACUUCCUUUGCAAUUCUUCAAACCCUCGUCCAUGGCAGUAUCAUGUCUGUCAUUCAAUCGCAGAACUUCACAGAGCCUACGCCGAUUCAAGCUGCAUGCUGGCCUCUGCUGCUACAAGGAAGAGACGUUGUGGGCAUCGCAGAGACAGGCUCUGGUAAGACUUUUGCUUUCGGAGUUCCUGCGAUCGAAGCAAUCAUCGGCAACGACAACAAAAAGGAUAAGAAGGACGGUGUCUCCACGCUUGUCAUCGCACCAACGCGAGAACUUGCUAUUCAGACCCAAGAACAGAUGUCCAUCUUGGGGAAAGGAUGCAAAGUCGACACUUUCUGCGUCUAUGGCGGCGUUUCGAAGGAUGAGCAAAUCAAGGCUCUGAAAAGGCUUCGGCCUUCGGCUAUCGUUGGAACGCCGGGUCGUUUGCUAGAUCUUGCUCGUGAUGGGCAUCUAGACCUCAGUGGUGUCUCCUACCUUGUACUGGACGAAGCUGAUCGAAUGCUCGACAAGGGCUUUGAGCCAGACAUUCGGGCGCUCAUCGGGAUGACCAAGUCUCACGCUGAGAAGCGUCUGACUUGCAUGUUCUCUGCAACUUGGCCACCUGCAGUUCGAAAGCUUGCAGAGAGCUUCAUGCACAAUCCGGCCAAGGUUACUGUGGGAAGCGAUGAGCUGGCUGCGAACAGGCGCAUAACGCAAACUGUGUACGUGCUUGAGGGUCGCGAGAAAGAGUGGAAGCUACAAGACGUAUUGCGGAAUUACUACAAAGCGAAACCCAACGCGAAGAAUGACAGAAUACUCAUCUUUGCGUUGUACAAGAAAGAAGCCCAAAGGGUGGAGAACACUCUACGGAGACAAGGCCACUCGGUUGCAGGUAUUCAUGGGGACCUCAGCCAGCAUGAUCGGAUUUCAAGUCUGAAUACCUUCAAAUCUGCCGCGACGCCUCUGCUUGUUGCGACAGACGUGGCUGCUCGUGGGCUCGACAUCCCCAAUGUCGAGCUUGUUAUAAAUUACACAUUUCCAUUGACUGCGGAAGACUACGUGCAUCGUAUCGGCCGUACUGGUAGAGGAGGGAAGGACGGCCGAUCGAUCACGUUUUUCACUGACGAGGACAAAGCCCACGCAGGCGAAUUGAUUCGCAUCUUGAAAGACGCAGAUCAACCGGUUCCAGAGGAAAUGGAUCGUUUCCCAAAGACUAUUAAGAAGAAGUCUCACGCCGCAUAUGGAGAUCACGUCAAGGAAUUCGUGGCAGGGAAAGCAAAGAAGAUCACAUUCGAUUGAUAGAUAUGCAUUAGAAGUGGCUGCUGUGUCCACAAAACACCUUUAUAGAUCGUCAAAAAAAUUACUUGAUGCCUCUGGCAUCGAUGCCUGUUUCAGUGUUGCUG